UCAUCAUGUUUCGAAGUUUUUUGUUGCUUGUGCUAUCGCUAUCAUUACAAUUUAUAUCGACUUCAUCCGAAUCACAGAAAUGUCAUCUUCUUAAAGUAAGAAAGGAGAUUGACGUUGAAAAGCUAUCCAAAACCUCAUGGUAUACCGGACUUCAGACGGCGGAUGUUGUUGCAUCGAUGCUCUCGUGUACCAGAUUCAGUAAUUUCACGUAUACCAACUCUGGGUUUAGAGUUGUUGUAACCGAACAUGGGUCCAGAUAUGUUCAAUUUGGUCUUCAUUUCAAUCGUGACGAAAAUGGAAUUUAUCAUCUGAGUAAAUCAGAUAGAGGAAUUAAUCACGCUGAGCACAUAAGCGAAAUGGACGAACAUGAUAACGAAGCGGUGUUGGAUAUGGAUCAGUUACUAGCUGGCGGAAAUUUUGUGUUUGUUACUGAUUAUGAAAACUAUUUUGCAAGUUUUCUAUGUCCUCCAGGAGGGAUAUCUGAUCAUGAACAUCGAAUGAUUCGGGGAUUUUUUCCAAGUCCAAAUUCAAUUUUGUCACAAGUUGCAGCAUUUAUUAACGUCCUACAUGGUGUCGGAAUAUCAGCCAAGUUUUAUCCUUCGACAUGUUCAGAAACUAACUGGAGCCAAGAGUUGCCGAUAGAAUAAUAAAUAUACUAUAUUUAAUCCCAUUAUAUUAACAUUGUCCAAGUUACUAUGCGUAAUUUUUGAAUAAUAUCGACUCACAAAGUUUCGUAAUUGGCCUAUUAUUGUUGGAUUUGCAUUUCGUCGCCAGGUUUAUUCUCCGUUAUUUGUACAAUAUAGCAAUA